UAAUAAUUCACAUUAAUUUUUGACCACAUAAUAUUCGGAGAAUAUUUUCAUAAUAUUUCACAGAUAUCGAAAUAAUAUACGAAUAUGUUUAUUUUUAUAAUAUACGAAUAAUAUGCAAAAACCAACAUAUAACAUCAACACAAGAUUCCCAUAAUAUUAAAAAUAUUGAAUAAAAUUCUCAGAAUAUUAUUUUAAUAUUAUUUUUAUUUUAAUAUUCGUAUAUUCGUAGCGAUCGUGGCGCAGAGAGUGGUGCGUCUGCUUCCUGUGCCGAAGAUCCGGGUUCAAAUCCCACACAAAUCCAAAAUAUCUUGCCAAGAAAAGAUAAGGGCCCUCUAGAUAAAGCCGUUCGAAACUGGCGUUUAAAUUAUAGGUCCCGUAUAAAUAGAGCACACCACCGAAAAACAUUGAGGAGUCACUACGUUCUGACAAGAGCUAAGGACUGAUGAAUGAAUGAAUUCGUUCGAAAAUGUUUAUGUAUAAGUCCCAAUUCUUUUGGGCACAAUUAAAUGUUAAUAUAUGUUAAAUUACUAAAUAUAAUCUACUAAGAGUAUAAUAACUUCGAGGAAGUGUUAAAGAGAUAUUUAGAAAGUUUAUUGAAGAGACUAUUGAAAGUAACUUUUUGCUUUCUUUCCUAAAUAUCAUAGAUGCCCGAGAAAGUAAUUUCAAUAAGUUACAAUUAUUAAAGAAUUAUAUGUUGAAUUUGCAAUGCAAAAUGUAGAAGAGAAAUGGCCAAAUGUAGAAGAGAAGCAGUACGAGUAAUAACCAUGUACAGAUGUAGUUUUUUUUUAGGGAGGAGGUGGGAGGCUUUUACUAACUCUAAAUAUAAGUUGAUCGCGAUAUAAACUUGUUAAUUAAUAUGCGUUUAAAAUAAUUUGUUUCCACUAGUUGAUGAAGACCAAGUAUGGACCAAACGCACUAAUGUAAUAUAAAAGGAGAAUAACUUGUUAAAAAACACUACACCAUCUAGUUGUUGCUUGUAAUUUGACCGCUUUCCUUCAACAAUUUGCACGACAAUUAUUAAAUUAUGAAAAAUUAAAGAACGCAAAAAGUUUCUGUAAUUUUAUUAAUACAUAUGUCUGCAAAACAUUCAAUUUCAUAAAUUUGUCCCAUAAUUACACUCGACCAAUAAUUGGAACCGUCACCUUACCUAGUAUAAAAAAAAUAAAAAAAAAAAAAAAUCGCUACAAAACCACUUAAAUAUAUGAAAAGCGAGAGACGUAUCGAUAGUUGGACACGAAAUGUGAUGUAAUCCUACACUAACGUGCCGACUCUGCGAAGGGUUAACGACCGAUAACGCGUUUAAGGGUUGAAUCUGACAAUCACGUGUGGCGAAGCCGAGGCGUUUCGCACGAUUGAGCGGUACGGAUGCGCUGAUACGACCCCGAUGAUAGUGUGUCGAACCCCUUAAAGGGCGGCGCGCGAUAAUGGAGGGGCGCCUUUAGUAGGACACGGCUUGCGCGCUAUGUAUCUUCGGGCCGGCUAUAUACAGUCCUGUUUCACUAAAGCGCCGGCCUCGUGUGCGACGGUUUGCGCGAUCGCGGUCGGAACCGACGCCGGAUCGUCGAUCGAUCCCUCCCCCGCCGACCGUCCGUAGAUCGAGAGGCAAACCCGAUCGCUUCCAGUCGGCGAUCAUCCUUGGCGCGGUCGCGCAACGCUCGACGGAACUGCUGAUGAUCUUCCGAAUACAGUCUUAAUUAUCGUCGCUCGGAGAUAGCGAUUCCAGCUGCGGCCACGAGGCGGAAGAUUUCGAAUCGUUACUAAUUGACGACGGGUGUGCGUCCUCGAUGGUGAUCGAUCGUCGCAAACUGCAAACGAUCGAGCGAAUGAAGAACGGAUGAGGAGAGAAUUUUCGCCGAAGUACGAUGAACAUACAUAUAAGAUAAGAAGAAUAUUGCGCGUGGAAGAUAAAGAAAGGUACUAUGCUCUGAUAGAAACGUAUAUUCAAUCAACGAAAGAAGAAGAGGAGAAAAGAGUAUGAAGAGAAGAAGUCUUGGAUUGAAAAUCUCGAUAAGCGUCGUCGCAUUGUGACUCGUUUACGACUGCACGUGAUAAAGAUCGACAGCAAAAAUGGUGUUCGACGCGAUGUGCGAGGAGCAGAGGAAGCAAUUCUUCAGGCAGAGCUAUGGCGCUCAUUUACCCGGAUACACGGGUCACUGUCCCACCCUCAAAUUUCGCGUUGGGAAGAGAUUCGGAGCGAAUACGGAGGAAAUAAUGAAGGUAAGAACCGAGGAAUUAUUGGAAAAGAAAGUUCUUAAGACUGGACCAUAUAGACCAAAUUCCGGUAGAGAAGCGGAGUUACCAACUCUUCAGGCUAAAGAGAUCAGAAGAGAUUGGAAUAACGAAGCUGCAGCGUACAAAGCAUGCCCGUACAUUCUAGGAUAUACUGGAUACAUUCCUGGAUUUAACAGCAGAUAUGGUCUAUCCUUCAUGAGAGCCGUCGAAGCCGGUGCCAAAGAGUGGCACGAGGCGCAAAUGAAGCUAAGAGCGCAACGCGACGCAAUGAGGGCACAUGCCGAACGGACAGAUCCAAGAAAUCUUCUAUCCCGUGCAAGAGCAGACAAUGUGGACAUAGAGAUCGAUCAUGGUCAUGGCAAUGACAGAAGGACCCACGAUUAUCAUGUCUCCCCAGAAAGACCGCCGAUCGUCGGAUAUACGGGCCACAUUCCGGGUGCAAAAGGCGAAGUCGCGCUUUCAAAGAGGUAUGCUCAGGCCGCCAGGAAAGGAUUAGAACGUGUCCAAAAGGAACGUGAAGAGAGGCACAGCAGAACUAAGGACAUGAAUGCCGUUGAGAGAGUCCUUGACAAUGCGUAUCUCGACGAAAUGGGACACACGCGUGCGUAAAAUGAUAACACAGGAAUAUGGUUUCUAACUACAGCAUAAAAAAAAACAAGAUUAAUGUGUGUUGAAGAAAAAGCAAAUUAAGAAAAAGAACAGACAAAAACAAAUAUAGUAAAAGAGUAUUAGUAUUCAGUAUAAAAUAUUCCAAAUGUUCACCCUUACGAAAAAGAUCGACUGCCGAGGUACUCCUGGUCACUACACAGAAUUACUGACAUAUUACUGGCAAUAAGCAAUAAUACAUUUCAGCAAUAGUGCGAAAAAAUCACAUGUGGCAGUAAUACUUCUGUGUAAUUUUCAAUAAUUUGUCUAUGCAAUUCCCAGUAGUUUACUAUAAUAUUUAUAUGUAGCGACCAGUAGUAUGUCAGCAGUCUUUUUCGUAAGGGCAUAUGUAACUUCCGAAAUUCUGCCAGACUUUGAUAUACUUAAAAUUUUAAACAUUUAGUUUUAACACAUAUUUUAUAUUUCUUCUUUGACAGUAUCGGAAGGAACAGUAGUAAACAUGAAAGAACGUUAGAGACUAAUUUAGUUGUAAAAUUAUUUACGUCUGAAUCAAAUAAAUUAUCUGAAAAAUCAUAAAGAUUAUUUUUGUACUUAAGUAUUUCGAGUAAUACAAGUAGAUUUUGAUAUGUUUCUCCUCUAUUUUCGGACAUAAAUAAUUUUCAAUAGACUGAGUUUAGAAAUAGAUAAUAUAUUAUAUCAUUACUAUAAAGUGUGGCAAAUGUAUUCCUACGUAACAAGUUUCUUAAUUUUUGAAGAUGUAUUGAAAUGUAUUGAAUAUUUAAACCAGAUUUUUUUAAAUCAAGGAGCACUGUAUCCUUAACCAGUCUUCAAAGAGAAAUACGACAAUCGAAAAACAAACUAGAUUGUUACUUUAGAAAACAGCUACGUGAAUUAUUAAACGUAUUUAUCUUAAUAUUCAUCUAUGUAGAGAAAUAAAUCUAUCGCAGAGAAAUAAAUCUACAAAUACAUUAGUUAUUCCAAAUGCUUCGAGCUUCCAAUUUUCAAUAGGUUUCUGCACAUACAUGCACUAAGUAUAUUAUAUAUGUACACAACCUUCUCACAUUUAACACAUGGAAAGAAUAAACAUUUUUGGGAAUAUUUCUAUCAAGAAAUAUUUUCAAAGAAAUGAACAGAAACAAUUAAUACAUACGCUAGUUCCAUUUCAAAUAAAAUAAAAAAGGACAUACGUCUGAAAUGUAAAAUUUACGAAAUGGAUUAUAGCUGAUGUAUGUACACAACAAGCGCAUAAUAUUCAUUAGUAAAAUUUUAUUUACUAAAGUAACUAUAUGAUCUUUGCCUGUAUAUAAAUACAAGUUGAAUUAAAUUUCCGUCCUGUUUCAUAGAGUAAUUAACAAUAUAAAAAAUGUAUGUAUAUAAAAUGGUACAUAAUUUUUACAUUAAUAAGAUAAUUACAAAGUUACGUAGAAAAUAAAUAUCUGUAUUAUAUGACUUAA